AUGGCGCACCCUGCGAAACGGUCGAGGUAUGAUGUCCUUGCGGCUGCGACUGCACAGUUUUAUAAUACCACUGGGACAGUUCCGGCCAGCCUUCAUCUGGCCACAGAUAUUUCUUACUUAGUCACAAACCAACCGAGCUGUACGAUUGUUGUUGCAGAUAUCCCGGAUGGUUGUACAGAAAGGGACUUAAUUGGACUUUUUAGCAGAUAUGGUCAAAUUAAGAACGCAAAGUUGGUAUGCAGUGGUCGAGCAGCUCUUGUUGAAUUCUGUGAAAUCUCGCCACCCACUCGACUUGUUCAUAUGGCGAAGAUUAACCCGUUUUGUGUAGGUCCAAAUCGUGUCAGACUAGAAUUUUCGUCAGAAAUUAUAACUCCUGCUAUGGACCGUAAACACACACAACAAUUGUCUUCAGCUAUAGAUAACAAUGGUCCUACUCGAAUUCUACACUUAGAUAUUGCAAAUGCCGAUUACCCUAUUACUGUUGAUGUGAUUAAAGCAAUUUGUUCUCCUCAUGGUAAUAUAUUGCGUACUUUCAUUGGUAAGAAGAAUGUCGAUCGUUCGCUGGAGGCUCUUGUUGAAUUUGAGAAUGUGGAGGAAGCCAGAGCAGCCAAGGAACAACUAGAUGGUGCUGAUAUAUACUCAGGUUGCUGUAGCCUUACGGUAGCAUAUUCACGACUUCAGCGUGUUCAUGUAACUCAGAAUGAUAGCGAGUCUUGGGACUUUACCGGCCCUAGCGGUAACUUGGAGGGUCCUCUAAACAACUCUUCCACUCAGCGAACGUUAUUGGGUCCUGCAGGCCCAGGGGCUCCAGCUUCCAAUCCUUCACCAGCUCCACCUAUUCUACCACCUCCUGCUGCAUUUCCACAACUUUCUCCAGUAUAUCCUGCUCAGCCUUAUCCAAAUUCCCAACCAUCUAUGGGUUACUACGGGAUGAGCCCGUUUGUUCCUCCAGUAGGCUCUGUCCCUCCUGGUGCACCAUUUGCUGCUCCUUCAUAUCCAGGCUACUGGCCAUCGAGCAUGAUACCAGCUGCUGGUGUUCAAGCUCUUCGACCACCUGCAGGAGGUGGCUUUACGCCUCCAUCACAAGUUGUAAUACUUCCAACUCCUCCUCCAGUGCAUCAAGUGAACACUAGUGGAAUUGGGAUUGGUCACUCGACGUCAAAUCUCUCUAUAUCGACUCCAGCUGCUCGUCAAUCAGACCUAUCAGUUUUCGAGGUUAUUGAAGGUGUAGUGUUAAUGGCUAGCAAUAUACCUUCACGUAUGAAUUGCGAUCAUCUCUUCAACCUUCUCUGUUUGUAUGGUAAUGUUGCACGUAUAAAGUUCUUGAAGACUCGACCUGGCUAUGCGAUGGUUCAGGUAGGGAAUCCGGAGGCAGGUGACCUCAUACAUCGGUACUUCAAUGGUGUGUGCCUUUUCGGACAAACUAUUCAAUUUCACCACAGCAAGGUGACGGAGUUGAAAGAACAUGACAAUUUGGGGACUCUGGCGGAUGGUUCACCAGUCAUGAAAAACUAUAUGACGGACCCGAACAACCGAUUUAGAAAUUCGAUGGUGGCAGCAAAAAGCAGGAUCCUAGAGCCUUCUCGGACACUUCAUUUCUUCAAUGCUCCACUUAAUGUCACUCCAGAGGAUAUCGCUCGAGUGUUCACGGAUUGUGGUGCUAUUUCUCCUCCUCGCAUUGUGAUAUUCACUACUAAAGCGGGUCAGAAAACUUCUCUUGGGCUAGUCGAAUGGGAUACUUUAACUGAAGCCUUGGAGGCUUUAGUUCUAGCAAAUCAUCGACCGAUUCAUUUGUCUGGAUACGCUCAUCCUUUCCAUUUGAAAAUUGCUUUCAGUCCAAAACCUAUAUCGGAUGACAGAGCUGGUAUCUCACUGAUACGUUAUCCCGCACCUCCUAUCGUACCUGGACAUCAUGGAUCAUCUGCAGUCAACGGUCAAAGAAAUGAAGACAGGACAUCCAAUGAUGUUGAUGGGCAACAAGAAAGUACAUUGGAUAUCCUGUCGAAAAUAGAAAAAGCUGAAAGUUGUGAGAACUUGGAAUCAAAAGUUUCUGCGAAUGCAAAGUCUGACUCCACUAAAUCACCUAUGAUUGAUAACUCCAAAGUGGUGUCUAAGUCUUCAGAAGUUACUGAGAAUGGAGCUAGAGCAUGAUUAUUAUAGUAAACCGACAUGUUUCAUUAUUAUAUAUUAUUUUAACUGACAUUAGUAAUGUUUCAUGGGGAUUAGCUUAUUCCGAUGGUCAUUGUUAUAGGCGAGUAAAGUAAUUAGUCAUUUUUUCUCUCAUGCUUAACUAUACGCAUCAUAUAGGUGAUUAGUGUCUCAUCCUGGUCAAAUAACUAUCAUGUUUAUCAUGGUUGUAAUAGAUGCUAAUAUUUUCCAUGAGUUAGUGGUCUUGCUUCUUUUUUAUAUAUAAAGGUAAAUAUUAAAUCUCGUUCUUUUUGUCUAACCUAAUCAACUUUUAUGUAGCCAGCAGUAUCAUCUUGCACUUCUGUGUGAUAAGAGAAGCUGGCUUCAUUAAGUCUCGGGUUGAUGUUAUCAUGUUUCCUAACCUUCAAUCAUUUGUUCAUUAACCAUUCAUGUUUCUGAUAUCAUUAUUACUAUUGUUAUUAUUAUCAUUAUAUCAUCAUCAUUAUGAAACCGGCUUUUAUUUACUAUUUGUUAGUUUUUCAAUGUUGGUAAUCACUCAUGUUUAUAGUGGCCGUAAUCCAUCUCUUUAUUAGCAUGAAAUAUACAUUUCAGUGAAGUAUAUUAAUUUAUUCUGUAAGUGUAUCCCUAGAAGGCUUCUUCAUGUUGUAGGAUAAGCGUUGUGUUAUCAUAUCAGUACUUUCUUGGCUACUACUAUUUGCAUUUGUUAGUUUUAAUGUUUCAUUUAGGCAGUUAAGCACAUCAUAUAUAGUGUAAAUGGUUACUAUUUUACGCCUGUCUCUAGGUAUUUAUUUUUAGUUGGUUGUAUUAAGUAAGGUAGUGGAGCCAUUUAAAGGUUUAGUAUUGUCUAACUAUUUCCACACCUAAGAUGAACACAGUCCAGGACUCAGGAUUCUGUGACAUGUUUUGAAACCGUUGACGCUUUCCUCUCCUGCCUAAUGUAAUUUUUUCCUACUGUAAAAUAUUACUGAAAAAAGAAAUUUGCAGUCUUAUCUUGACUUUAAAUCGGAUACGACUAAUAUGCGUUGGGGUGGGUUACAUUCAGUCAAUGCAAAACGGAGUUAUUUUUUUAAUAACUACGGUGUAGUCAGUCAGUCAACGUCAGUACUAACUAGUAUACUUAUCUGUAGCGUUAAGGUUGUUGUUCGUCUGGCUUACACUUAUCGCCUCAUACUAGACGUCCCUUUCGCUAACAACCGUUUAUGACAAUAAGUUAUCUAGGAAAGCAUCUACAAGCCAGGAAUAGAAUCUCGUCGCAUUUCGCCCCGCUGUGAUCUACUUCAAAUCUCUUCACUUCAUUAUUUUCGCUGAAUAAUGCUAAUUAAGCCGUAUUUUCGUCUUAACGGUUAUUCAAAAACCUCUUCGUAUCUCACGUGUAAGUAGACUUGUGAAGUAGUUCAUUUCCGUUACUUUCACAAAAGAUUUUGCGCAGUGUUGAUAUUCCAAUCGUAAACAGGAAUGACCAUGCUUCCAACUGUGUUUUAAUGUUUUGCUCCCGAAUCGACCUUCACGCCAUCUUUGGGGCUGGCGAUAGAUCCGACUAUCAAAAACGAGUAUACUGCGCUACAGUUUGUUCCGUCCUGUUGUACGACUGCGAGACAUGGCCGUUAAAAGUAGAAGAUACGAAGCGGUUAUAGGGUUUUAAUCACAGACGUCUUCGUAGCAUUGCUUGAGUAAUGUGGAAUCAGCGUGUGAGGAGUGUUGAGGUCAGACAAAGAGUACUAGACAAGACAGGUGAGUGGAUUAGUGAGAUUGUGAGCCUUCAUCGACUGAGGUGGCAUGGACAUGUACUGUGCGCCGCAUGUCGAGUCACCGUCCACCUCGACGUUUUAUGCUAAAGGAAGUUGUAUUAGGUUUGAGGAGGGUUGAUCGUAGCCAAACUGAAACAUGGUACCAGUGGAUGAAGUCGUUGACUGGUGGUGUGAGUCGUGUUGGGAGAUGUAGACUACCUGGUUGGGGUUUUCGAGAUGAAAGGAAUCAGUGGUUGAGAAUACCUGGUGAAAUGGCUGGAAAUCGGUUACAAUGGGACAGAUGUAUUCACUCGCUGACAUGUUUUAGAGCUUGAAUAUUUGCACUAACCGAUAUCACCAAAUUGUUUAUUCUCUCUCACACAACUUUGUUAUCAGUUUUUUUCUGUGCAUCUGUUCUUUGUAUGUUACUGUGAAGUGUAGCAACUUGAACCGUUGUAUUUGUGUGUGAGGUUCUACGUGUAUUCUGUCUCUCUUCUCUGUGGCUUAUGGUUGAUGUAGAAGUCAAGCGUACUUUUGUGUGUAUCGGUACUGUACGUCUGUGAAGAAUCUCUGGUUUUAUAUAUUUCAUCCCUCAAAUACGCUGAAAAUCAGACUAACUGCUUCUUUAGAAGCUCUUACGCAAGUAGAAUAGCUAACACUUUGUUACUGAUUUCGUGAUCAGUCAGGCUGUGUAGGUUUUUCGGUUGAAUGUUUACGCAAUCAGAAUUUCCAAGUUUUGUUGUUAAUCAUAGUCGUAGUUCUUUUCCAUGGAUUAUCGUUUUGACUGUCAAACUGAUACAUGUUUAUGCGAGUGGGUUGGGAGAUAUUGUUAUUGUACGAUAUUCGGUUACUUGAACUGAAUUAAGUUAUUGUGAGAUUCAAUGGAAGCUGUGGUGACUCAAAAAUUGCAAAGCAUGAUGGAGUUUUGGAAUCCCAAUUGGGACUAGUAAUACGCUUGUGCUCCAAGUAUAACCUCGGUUAAUUGAAUAGAGUAUAGAAAGGUUAGUCAGUUCGUCGCACCCUUUUUUGGAGCUCUAACGAAAAAGUCAGUAGACUCUUUAAUCAUUUUUUUUAGGAUCUAAGUUCAAUUGCAGUGCUGUCAUACGGAUCAGAUUGAUUAUGUCCACGAGUUUCCAUGUCAUUAGUUGACUUCGUUCUCGUGUUAAAUACCAAUUGUUCGAAAUAAUCAGAUUAACUGUUCCGAGUGUAAUUUGUAUGGAUUAAGACCGGCUUGAAGUUGAUAGUAUCUAUCUUAACUCAUUUCAAACCGUGUUGAUACUGCAGCUGAAAGGGUUCCUGCAGCGGACAGGAUACCUUCCGCACAUGUAUGCAAUCAGAAGGUAGGCCAUACCCUUAAAUUUUUAUUUCUAUGUUGUAGACAGUGCUUUAUCUCCUCACUAAUAUCAAGUAGCAAACCGAUCGAAAAUUGGAGAUAUCAGAGUACAUGUUGACUCAGCUACUGUUAGGCGAACAUUUAUUGUAGUUAUUUAUAGGAGUAGUUAUGUUCAGACUGCUGAAAGUCUUCUAAAACACCAGUAUGGUUUUAUUGGCUUCUGGAGCAAUCACGAUUCAUCAUUAUAAUGGCUUAUUUAUUCCAUGAAAAAGAACAUUUUUGUAGAUAAACCUCACUUCUGGAGGAAAAAUGGAAUUACUCAUUGAAGUACGUGGUGUUUUGUCAGAACAAGUACCAAACUAUGUCAACUUGUCUGGUCAUGCAACAUAUCCACUUGAUUUGAACUGCAACACUUCAUGUCCGCACCGAAUAAGGUAACUUGGGCACAUCAUAAAAAUUGUUGGUUCACUUUUCGCCAGUGAUUUGGGAACUGACUAAUGUUCUGCCGCCGCAAUCUUCCCGCUUUGAAUACUUUAGUUUCACCCGUGGUCAAUAUAAGCAAGGUAAAACUCCAAGGUCUUAGUGGGAGCACGUAGAUAUGAAACCUGUGUGGUGAACUCAUAGUUCCCAUUGUGACAUUAAAACAAGGUAUUAAACGAAGAGGACUCUUUUCAACGGAUCAACUCUCAAGCUGUACGUGGCGUAAAGGCUUAAUGAUAAAAAAAGGGGUUACGUAAGAUCUUUGAACUCGUUUACAAACAAGGCCCAUAGAGAUUACAAAGGAGUGUAAACAUGGUAAAGUUAAUUGACAAUCAAAGGAUUAGGUAAUAUGAAUGAGACAAGUUGGUUGGAAUAAUUUGAAAAUGUUUUGUUGAAAGUUGCGAUCAUUGGGAAGAAUAACUGAAGUAAUACCGGAAGCUACUUAAUAUAGAAAUAAGAAUAAUGACGACAUUAGAGUAUAAAGAUUAGUCUAAUAAAGGGGCAAGUUGGAAAAACAAAAAAUGAAAGAAAACAAACCUACCAAAAUAAGUUAAGACAAAGACUACCUACUUUUGGAUACAAAGAUCAAGCUGCG